GGGGGCAAAUCCCCUUCGUUCGACGUGGUAGCAAAGCAAGAGUUUGAACACGUAUGCUUGCUUACUUGCUUGCUUUCCGGAUGAACACGGUACGGCCUUUGAGGUGAUCACUUGCUUUCGUUUGCGAGGGUAAUAGAGAUUAAAUUUCAUGAUUAACCCAACCGCCUGCCCCGGACGCCCAAUAGAGUGCUAGAGUGCAGUGGUGUGCGCUGCCCGCAACGGGCGUCUGCGCGCAUCACACAUGACAUGACGAGAAAAGUUUAAUGCCUGCACCACUGCACAUGGUAGGUAGUAGCGCUGGGGCUGCGCUGUGCUAUUAUAGCACCUACUCCGAUGCGCGUUUCAUAAACAUGUAUAGAGAGAAGGCUAGAAAUUUCGUAAAGAAAACAGGAGAAAAGAAGAACCCUACCAUCUACACUGAAUAUUGGAAUAAAACGUAAAAGUAAAGAUAACAGUAACAGUAAGACAAGCCAAUCUUUUGUAUAAAUCUGUAGUAGAAAACGACUCCCGAUUCGAAACAAAAAAAACACGGAAACGGAAAGGCUGGUAUCACUAAUGGAGAUAUUGAAACAAAGAAAAAAAAAAACUCCCCGAGCUCCGGUAAUGAAAAACCACCUCAUGAGUUGAGAAAGAAAUAAAGGAAAAAGAAAAAAAAAGUCCCACUUUUCAACGGAGAAUGCCAACAUAACAAGCUGGGCAAUCAGAAUAACAGAAGGAAUGAGGUGAAAAUGGAAAUGAAAAAUAGCCCAAGAACAUCUCAAGCCCUUCGCCAUCGUCAAAAAAUAAAAAAAACACAAGGGACAAAUGGAUAAAUACACUAGUACAUGUCGCCAAUCAUGCCCCUAUCCUUCUUCUGCGACUUCUUCACUACUGGUAUGGCGCUCUCGGACGAGGUCCCCGAAGCCCUUCCCCGCUUGAGGUUCUGCCUGUUAUCGGGAUGUAAUCCAAAUUGCUCAUCGCUGGUAAAGGAAGAGAGGAUGCCCCCGCUAUCGCCACAGUCGUCCCAGGUAUCGCCCGCCCCAAACAGGUUCAUCUUUGGGGGCUCGGUCAUCAUGCCAAGUCUGUCGACGACACCGCUGGCGGGGCUGGAUGGCCCACUUGCGUCUCCUGCCGUGGCGGCGGAUGAUCCGACGUCCCCGGCACCACCACCGGGCCCCACGGGCCUAUAAAUGCGCAUCCCGCUUGCGGCAAGGAUGUCGGUGCCAAAGUCCUCGUCGCCGGAAUUGCCGUAGAUGUCGACGUUGUUCCUCAGGUUGGACACCCGUCGAAAGUAUUCAUCCGAACUGGACGAUUGCGGUUCUGCGCCGGAGCCAGAGUCACUGCCCACAGAGGAGGUCUCGUCGGAUUGUGGGAAAAAGAGGCAGCUUGCUGGGGGUAGUUGUGAGGGCGGUAGCUUGAGGGUUUUGGCCGAGAGGAUCACUGGGCGGAGGAACUUGUGGCCGAGGAAAACUAGGCGCUGCUUUUCGGCCUUGGAAGAUGGUUCGGAUGGCUCAUCCUCGGAAUCUUCCACCCCUGAUUCCCCUCCAGAGUCCUCUCCCGAGCCAGAUUCUUCCUCCAUGGACCCUUCCUCGGAUCCACACUCGGACUCCUCUUCAGAAUCAUCUCCCAUGGGCUCGUUCUUCUGGAAAGCGUCAAUCGAGGACUUGGGAAUGUGAUGCCCAAUCAGAUUCAAGAUCCUCGACUUUGACGCAUUAGCCCGGGAAAGCGGCAAAGCUCCCUUCGAAUUUUGGGGAAGUAGAUAAUGCUUCGUUUGAACAUUGAUAGCGAAAUUGUCCUCUGGGAAUACCCCGCCGAUCCCCGAAACCUCCAAUUCAAUAGGAGUCGGUGGAACCGUAGGACUAGAAGAUGAAGAGAAUCUUGGGGAAAACUGAAGACCAACAUCGCUGUCUCCGUCCUCCAUAGGCUCAUCCGAAGACUGAGCAGUCUGCGCUCUCGCAAACAAUGGACUCUCCAACUUUGUCGGGCUCUGGGGUUCGGGUUGGGUCUCACCAAUCGGGUUAUUCGUGAACCUAUCGUACCCAUGUUUCGAUACCACAUGUCCCUCCGCAUCAACCUUUUGAGCACUAAGAUCGGUGCAAAAUUUG